AUGUCUUCUGGGUUCUCCAGCAACAGCCUUUAUUGGCAGACACAGGCACCCUUGCAAAAGGGCAAUGCUACCAUUCUUUUCAUCCAUGCUUCGUGGAUGUCAUCAACCAUGUGGGAAGAGACUGUCCAGCUUCUUGCGCCGCACUUGUCAGAUGUCAACCUCCUCCGCAUCGAUUUGAACGGCCAUGGAAAGACCACCGCCGGCCGCAAGGAAUAUACUCUCUGGGAUCAAGCUGAGGAUGUCCUCGCUCUCUUGGGAGAGCUUGAACUCUCUCAAGUCAUCAUCGCAGCCAUCUCCAUGGGCUCGAUGAUCGCCCUCCGCCUGGCUCUGCUGAACCCCGCCAGAGUUGUGGGCCUUGUUCUACUCGGCUCCAACGCAUCUGCUGUGACGGACGUCCAGCGUAGCGCCUUCUACCAACUUCGCGAUAUCUGGGUUGCAACACCUGCUCCCAGUGAACAGAUUAUGAACGCCGCUAUCCUGGGCUGGGGCGGGAAUCCUGAUGUCGACAGCCCGCGUGCGAUUCAGAUCAAGAAGGACUGGGUUCAUCGCCAUUCCGGCGCUGAGAAUGUGGUGCCUACCCUGAAUUCGAUGAUGGAGAGGGAUACCCUGCUUGAUCGACUGGGUGAAAUUCGUGUUCCGGUUCUUCUGAUUCAUGGUGAGGAUGAUAAGACAUAUCCGCUAGAGGAUGCUGUGGACAUCAAGGAACAACUGGUUAACACAGAUGUGCGUUUGGAGGUUAUUAAGGACGAGGGUCAUCUGUUGAUUCACUUGAGAGAAGCCAAGGACGUGGCUGAGUGGAUUCAAGCUUUUAAACAGAGAGUUCUCGCAUAA